AUGGCCUACAAGCGUCGCCGACUGGGCUCUGAGACCUCAUCACGAGCGCCAUCAUCCUCUCGUCCUCAGACGUUCUCUCGAUUGAGCUCUGUUCCCCGAAGUCUGCAAGCAUCAUCACCGGCUCUACCAGCAGCCUCACAGCGAACAAGAAUUUCCCUUCGACCGCAAUCUUCUCAGUCGUCAGUCAACUCAUCACGACGAGAUGGACAUGUCAUCGGAGCUGAAAUCGUCGAAUCCGAUGCAGAAACCCAGAUGCGAGAAGACGCUGACGCCAUGAAUGAGAUCAUCAUGGCCGUUGAUCUGCGGGAUCGUGGUACAAUUGGCUGUGCAUAUUAUGUUGCAAGGGAAGAGAAAUUAUGCCUAAUGGAAGACAUCAAGAUGGGUGGCCUCGAUAUCAUCGAUACCUUGAAGAUACAUGUACAACCUACUGUCAUUUUAAUCAGCAAUCGAUCGGAUGAAAAGUUGGAGGAGCAUCUCAACAGGGAAGCCCGCGGCAUCGACCGAGGAGAUGAAGCAAAUGACAUCUUCGGUUCUUACGUUCUUGACUCUCGACCUUCCUCUGAAUUCCACUAUGAGAAUGCCAAAAACAAGUUGGUCAACCUCGAACUUAGUGCUGAUGAAGUACCCAACAUCAUAUUCACAACCCCCGGAGACGAGUUGAUUGGGAAAGCCGCAAAUGGCCAGGUUGAACUAGCUGGGCUCGGCCGCCAGGGGAGGCUGAUGAGACUAGCUGGCUGGAUUGAUCUUGACAGCAGACUCACCGUCGGAUGUGCUGGAGCGGUAUUACAAUAUAUAGGACGUCAGAAGAACAUCGAAUACCUCCCAAAUGAUGGAGCUUCUCUCGUCGCCUUCCGGAUUCGCACAAUUGAGAUGUUUACAUUGUCAGACAUGAUGUUUGUCAAUGCAGACACAUUAGCGUCACUCCAAAUCAUACAGUCUGAAAACCAUCCAAACUCGCAUAUGCAAGGACCUAACAAAGCGACUUCUGGUGCCAAAGAGGGACUUUCUCUCUAUGGGUUAUUCUGUCACCUAGCAUGCACUCCACAAGGCAAGCAGAAACUUCGACAAUUGUUCCUCCGACCCAGUACAGAUUUGGCAGUUAUUGAAGAGCGGUUGAACACCAUCAGCGUUAUGCUCAGACCGGAAAACUCGCCGGCCCUCGAGCAGAUUAGUAGAUGUUUGAGGAAAGUUAAGGAUAUUCGCACGGUCGUCAUCCACAUGCAAAAGGGCAUCAGCGGUGUGGGUAAAGGAAAGAUUGUUGGACGGGGUGUAUGGGGCAACAUCCGGGUCUUUACAUUUCAAGUGCUGAAAAUUCUCGAGGGUAUUCAUGAAAUGAAUGGCAGCUCAGCACUCACCAUUACUAGCAAAUUAUUGACCAACAUACAUCCUUUGCGGAUCCGCGAGAUAUGUCAGAUGAUUACCGACGUCGUGGACUUCGAGAGAUCUGUGGAUCAGCACCGUCCGGCGGUUCUACAGGGCGUAGACGCAGAGCUGGACAAUUUCAAAAGAACAUACGAUGGCAUGGACAGCCUCCUUACCCAAGUCGCCACCCAGCUGUCCAAUGAAUUGCCAGAGUGGGCUCGUCAAUAUGUCCAAAACUGCAUAUUCUUCCCGCAACUGGGAUUUCUCACGGUGGUCCCACUCGAUCCAGACACGGGCAAUGGAAAGUAUGAAGGAGAAGGAAUCGAAAAUGAUGUGUGGGAGAAGAUGUUCGUGAGCAAUGACAUGGGCUACUACAAGAAUCACCAGAUGAAAGAGAUGGACAGCUAUUUUGGUGACAUGUAUGGAAUGAUCGCCGACCGAGAAAUUGAAAUCGUACAUGCCUUGGCGGUUAGAGUUCUGGAGCACGAACGGAUCCUGAUCGCUGCCUCGGAUCUUUGUGGAGAACUCGACUGCCUGGUCGCAUUGGCUUUGGGCGCCCGAAAAUAUCAAUUCAGCCGACCGCAAAUGACCACAUCCAAUGUCAUACGAAUUGAAGCCGGUCGUCACCCGUUGCAAGAGCUCACCGUUCCGGUGUACAUUUUAAACGACUGCUUCGUUGCUGGUGGGACUGGAGACGAUGAAAAUGCCAGCCCUGGCUUGGGAUCUCAAGCGUCGGCUGUCCAGGAAAGCAUUGAAAGUCCAAACGUUCUUAUGAUGACAGGCCCGAACUAUUCUGGAAAGAGCGUGUAUCUCAAACAAAACGCCCUCAUCGUGUAUAUGGCACACAUUGGCAGUUUUGUGCCUGCUGAAAAGGCCACGAUUGGAUUGACGGACAAGAUUUUGACCAGGAUUGCAAGCCGGGAGAGUGUUUCCAGGAAUCAGAGUGCCUUCAUGAUUGAUCUCCAGCAGGUGGCCUUGAUAAUGACCCUAGCCACAGAACGCACCCUCGUCGUCAUCGAUGAAUUUGGCAAAGGCACCACAGUCUCCGAUGGGGCUGGUCUUUGUUGCGGUGUCUUCCAAUACCUCCUUGAUCUGGGCGUGCAUCGGCCGAAAGUUCUUGCUGCAACCCACUUCCACGAGAUCUUUGAAAAUGGAUUCCUGCAAGAUAGACCGGAGCUGACAUUUGGACAUAUGGAGGUUCGCGUGGACACGCACGCCGAGGCUGUCGAAGAUCAGAUUACGUAUCUAUAUAACUUCAUGCCAGGACGUAGUACGUCAAGCUUUGGUACUUGCUGCGCCUUGAUGAACGGCAUUGACCCAGCGAUUGUGGAAAGAGCAGACGAGUUGAUCCUCUUGGCAGCGCGAGGUGAGGACCUGAUCGCAGCUUGUGCCAAAGUCUCGGAAGAAGAGACCAAGGAACUAGAGGAUGCAGAACAGAUCGGAAGGCAGUUUCUAGAGCAAGAAUUCCCGCGCCCAGAGGACAAGCAGAGUUGUGGCUUCGACGUCCGACGUAUUUUGAAAAAUGUUCUCAAUGUGGGGCCGAGUUGA